GGCUUCUUGGGCAGCAACAGGUCGCAGACUAACUAUCGUCUCACGAGACCUUCAUGUCUUCAAUACUGUGGUACACUGCUUCCCCUAGGCAAGUACGAACGCAACUAGGAGGUAGUCGCUCCCAGUGUACCACAACGCUCCUGCCUCCUUAUACUCCCAUCACCAUUCUUACGGCACGCCUUGACGGGCUGAUUGUAGCUCUACGAGAUGACUUGGUCUUCAGUUCAUAAAUGCUCGUUUCUUGUCAGGUAAAUAAUUGGGUAAGAUGCAGAGCUUUACUAACAUGCAGCUGUAUGCGGUCAUAGGAGCUACUCCACCAUAACGACGUCAUGCGUAUGGCACCGAAAGUUCCAUCUACACUGACAACAGCAAUUGUAUCUACACACGUUACCACGGCAUAUUCCAUACAUUCUACCCCUCUCAGACCUCUUUCUUUAAUCAAUAAACACAUUCCCCCAUAGAAUUCAAACUACUAAUAUACACUCAACAUCCACAAUGGGCGGCCUCGACCUCUCCUCCCUAGCCACCAUCCCAAUCAGCUACGCAACAUGCUCCCUCGGGUCACCCAACUCACCACCCCCACUCCUUGACCGCCUCGAUGCCAUCUCCAAAGCUGAUUUCGCCGCCGUCGAGCUAUCCUUCCCCGACAUCCUAUCCUACGGGCAAACGCUCCUGGGCCACGAAGUCGCACCCAACAACUACGACGAACUGGUGAAGGUUGCAGAAGCGAUUAAGAAGGAAUGCAACAAGCGCAACCUAGGCAUCAUGAUGUUGCAACCCUUCGCCAACUUCGAGGGCUGGCCGCAGGGCUCGGAUGAACGUAAGGAUGCGUUCGAGAGGCUGGACGGCUGGAUCCGGAUCAUGUGCGCCGCAGGCACAGACAUGCUGCAAGUCGGGUCCACAGAUUCUAAGCUGGAGAAAUUGGACAAGAGCCGCAUCGUGCCCGAUCUGCAGGAGCUCGCUGAUAAAUUGAAGGAACAUGGGUUCCGCGUCGCGUACGAGAACUGGUGCUGGUCGACGCACGCGCCGGAUUGGAAGAAUGCAUGGGACAUCGUGCAGAAGGUCGAUCGCCCGAACAUCGGUCUGUGUCUCGAUACGUUCCAGACUGCGGGGGGCGAGUGGGCGGAUCCACGGACGCAGUCGGGGCUGUUGGAAGAUGUGAGCAAGGAAGAGUUGGAGAAGCGGUUCAAGAGGAGCCUUGAAGAGCUUGGAAACACGAUUCCAAAGGAUAAGAUCUACCUGCUGCAAAUUAGCGACGGGUACAAGGUACCGCAGGCGCUGAAGGAUGAGCGGGAUAAGGAUGGUCUGCUGCCGCGUGGAAGGUGGAGUCACGAUUUCAGGCCGCUGCCGUAUAACGGUGGAUACCUCCCGGUCGCUGACGUAGCGCGGGCAGUCCUCAACACCGGCUUCCGAGGUUGGUUCAGCUACGAAGUCUUCGAUGGUGGUAAGGACGGCAAGGGGGGAGAUGUUGACAUCGUAGCAUAUGCGCGCGCGGCGAAGAACGUGCAGAACAGACUGCUGGCUGAGUGCGCUGGUGAGAAGGUCCCGGAUGAGAUGGCGACACGAUAAAGUAUCGGCAACAAAGCGUCAUGCACGUCCGAAUAGAAGAGUAGUGUAUGUAUAACGAAAGAGUUAUUAUAAUGAGC